AUGGGGGAGAAAAACACAACAAAACAGGUCCAUAUUGCUUACAUAUUGUCCCCCUCCCGGAAGGCGCGUCCUCAUGCCGUAGAAAUAUCAGAGGUAGGGGCGGGUGGGAACUUGGGAGGAGGCUCAGGAGGAGGACGGACACCCGGGAGGGGGCCGGCAGACAGAGUCCAGGGAGGUGAUGAAGGAGGGAAGAGACAGGGAAGAGACAGGAGGAGCCAGGGUGGACCAGACGGAGACAAUAGGGGCUUGGAGCAGGCAGUGCCAGGUGGGACCCAGGCCACAGCCAUAAUGUCGACCCACGGUGGAGCCGACAAGGCCGCGGUGGAGCCAGAGCGACAGAGGACCAAGGUGGAGCUGAAGGGAAGAAGGAGCCUGACGGAGCCAGAGGGACGAGGCGCAGCUGGAGGAGUGGAGUCCCAAGGUGAAGGGACUGAUGGACUGACCAGUGGACUGAUGGGCUACGGCGGAGAGGAGGGAGCUAGGAGCCAUGGUGGAGCCGACGGGUCGAUGGGCCGAGGCGGAGUCUGGGACUCAGAGGCUGGAGGCGGAGGCAAGGGAUUCUCCAGCCACGGUGACGAUGGAGACUGGCAGACCCACGGAGCUCACACCAUACAGAUGGUGGGCUGA